AUGGUGGACAACAAGUUGAGCUGGAGGGACCAGAUCUUCCGUACGGCGGACAAGGCUGCUAGGAGUGUCGCUGCUCUUAGUAGGCUUAUGGCCAAUGUCGGUGGUCCCCGGUCCAGCCGUAGAACACUACUGAUGUCUGCAGUCCAGUCCGUGCUUCUCUACGGCUCUGAGGUGUGGGCAGACGCGCUUAACAAGGAGGCGUAUAGGUUGAGGCUCGCACGAGUGCAGCGUCAGGCGGCUUUCAGGGUCGCUUCCGCGUACCGUACGGUGUCCGAACCGGCCGUUUUGGUGAUCGCUGGAGUUAUCCCAGUCAAACUCUUGGCAGCGGAGAGGAAGGCAAUCUACCAGAGACAAGGCUACAUCGGAAAGGACGCUGCAAGAACAGAAGAGCGCUCCCGCACUUUUCAGUCGUACCUGCACUUGAUGGCCAAAACGAAUUCACCUGACUGCAUUUACUGCCCAUGCAUUCCCGACGACGCGGAACACACCUUUUUCCGCUGUCCACAAUGGGAUAUGCUUCGCCAGGAGGCCAUUCAACAUCUUGGGGUGCUGUCGAUUGAAUCGAUCUGUGAGACCUUGCUGAAGGGUGAGGACAACUGGGACUGCUGGUCGCACUUUGUCCGGAACGGUGUUUUUGCCGGUCCGGCGGGAGUGAGCGGCUUGAGCGGCAGUGAGCGGCUGACGUCACACGACGCCGCCCCCGCCCCCACCCCCACCCCGACGCCACCCCCACCCCCGACGCCACCCCACCUCUCCUCCCGACGCCACCCGCAUCGUCACCCCCACCCCCGUCGCUAA